AUGUUUACCAUAGACGCAAGAGAUUUAUUUCCUCAAUUUCAAGCCUUUCAUUGGACAUCUGUCAUUUUAGAUUAUUCUUUCUCGGCCUGCACGAUUCUUUCCGGUUUGAUUGGCACCUCGAGUUUGUUAUUCAUUUCAGAUGUUCGACAUCCAAAAUUGAAAAUUACAACUUUUAUCAUAUGGGUAUUGUCAUUGUUUUUGUCACUCGGAUUGGCACUGGCCAAUGCAGGAAUUGUGAUCUAUUUAUUGGUGACCAACUUUGGACGAUUAGGAUUUCAUUUCUCUUUUGUUUUUUCAUUGGUCUAUCAAGGACUUUUUUCAAUUGUUUGUGUGAUUGUGUUGAUUGUGGUGGUAUUCUUGGAGAUACCACUUGUGUAUGGAACUUAUAAACGAAAUGUAGCCGCAAACAAAAAGAACAAUCAAGAUGGAGAAAAAUUGAUGGAUUCCGAUGAUGAUGAAGAGGAAGAAUUGAAUGGAAAUGAAUCCUAUAUGGCUGUGAGUGAUGAUGGACGAGUGAAAACUUCAUCGUCUCUGUCACCCUCUCUUGCAACAAAACAACAACAGUAG